AUCCUAUGAUAGAUGUGACAGACUAUCGAGCUACGAGUAUGACGAACCAAGAAGCUCGAUGAGGAUUGACGGACCAGUCUCCUGGAGCUUACGUUCGGAUAUAAGGAAUAGCGGUCACAGUAUUAGAAGUCGGAUCAGACAAGCCAUCUCCAUUGUGCCAAAAGUCAUUGGACUUGCACAAGUAUGAGUUCCUAGAGCUGCAGUAGUCAGCUUGCUACGGGUUUUGGAGCUACCACUUCCAUUCCCUAGCGCCGGUCUCGGCUCAAUAAUUUGGGUCGUGACAGCAGAACUUGUUGGCGUUAUAGAAUACAGACAGGCAGAUGUUGGUGGUUUAGAUAAAGAUGGCGAUCCCCCUCUUCUAUUUGCUUUAGCUGCUGGAUUCGCAGAAUGUGUCCGUGCUCUUAUCAUGAGAGGGGUAAAUGUUAGGUUUUAGUCCUUUAGUUGCUCAUGUUUGUGCCUACCAUGGGUAACCUGAUUGUAUGCGCGAGCUACUAUUGGCUGGAGCUGAUCCCAAUGUUGUGGACGAUGAAGGUAAAACUGUCCUGCAUAGAGCUGUUGCCAAGAAAUAUACCAAUCGCGCUCUUGCUAUUUUGGAGGCUGUAGGCCAAUGGCGUUCCAAAACUCAAAAAAUUUGAUACCCUUGCACUUGUGCAUAGCGACAUGGAAUGUGGCUGUUGCGAAAAGGUGGUUGGUAAUCGCUUUCUCAGAAGAAAUUGCUGAGACAAUUGAUCUACCAAGUCCAGUUGGAACUGUAUUGUGUAUGGCAGCUGCUGUAAAGAAAGAUCACGAAAUUGAUGGGAGAGAACUGGUGCGAAUGCUGCUUGCUGCUGGAGCAGAUCCUACUGCGAAAGAUGCUCAGCAUGGGCGUACAGCUUUGCAUACUGCUGCAAUGGCUAAUGAUGUUGAUUUGGUCAAGGAGUAGAUGUGGGACGUUACUUUCUUGCACAAAUCCGACUUCAAUAUGGAUUUAUUUUACCGUUAUAAAAAGGAAGGGAAGUACUUGUUUGUUUCAAUCUGUGUUUCUCUAUGUGGGUGUGUUUGUAUUUAUACAUGUCUGUCUGUUUGUGUUUCUACAUGCUUUGAUGUUUUUCUUAUGUGGAUGUGUUUGUAUGUGUUUGUGUAUAUGUGCUUUAUCUAUGGUGUAUUUGUAUUUCUACAUUUCUGUGUGUGGGUGUUCUUGUGUUUCUACAUGCAUUACUGAAAUUACUUUUACACUGUUCAAUUCAGCCAAAAUAAGUAGCCAAGCGGUCUCUUCUGCUUCCCUCCGUAGCAUUUCUUUUGGUAAGUUCCCUACCAAUUUUAACAUACCAAUCGGAGUCUCAGCGACUGCCAUUAGAAAAGAGUCAACAAUUGAACAUUGUUGCUUUAUCUAGUGGUAAUACCGGAAGAGUCCAACAUGGUUGAUGGAAGACCGAGGACCGAUGUGUCAACAGAUGCGAACCCAAAUGAUAAAAAUCAGAGGUGUUGCCUUUGGGUACUGAUAGAGCUGUUGCAUCCUGCAUAAAUGGAUGUCAUGAAUUAGACUUGUGAGAAUUUAACAUCCUUAUGUUCC